AAUACUUACCUAUAUAAGCGGAUCAAUUUUUAUUCGGCCGUUGCUCGUUUGUUAUUUCGCCGCCGCGUCGAUAUAUUCUAUUGAGUCGCCGCCGCGAGUCGUCCCUCCGAGUCAGACGCGGGAAGACCGCCGGGUGAGAACGGUUAUAUUUUAUAGGUACCUACACCUACACCUACACAUCAAACUUAUCUGCAAACAUGCAAAAUGCAGACUCAACUGAAGUCAUCGACUUGGCCAAUCACGUCGACACGUCCCGAACGGUGGACCAGAGACAUCGCAUAAUCGGAGCCGAAGACAGCGCGCCGACCGAUCCGGGCGUAUGCGGUAAAUUUAUGACUGGAUGUGCCUGGGCACUUGUUGUCGUCACGUUCCCGUUUUCUCUGUUCGUCUGUUUCAAAGUAGUUCAGGAGUACGAACGAGCAGUAAUAUUUCGUCUAGGACGUCUGGUGUCGGGCGGGGCGAAAGGGCCAGGUAUAUUCUUCAUUUUGCCCUGCAUCGACAACUAUGCGCGUGUCGACUUGAGGACACGCACGUACGAUGUGCCACCACAAGAGGUAUUGACCAAAGACAGCGUGACGGUGUCUGUGGACGCCGUGGUCUAUUAUCGGGUGUGCAACGCUACGAUAUCGGUGGCCAAUGUGGCCAACGCUCACCAAUCUACUAGGUUAUUGGCUCAAACCACAUUGAGAAACGUCUUGGGCACCAGGCCGUUGCAUGAAAUUCUCAGCGACCGAGACGCCAUAUCUAAGACUAUGCAAGUGUCGUUGGACGAGGCCACCGAGUCGUGGGGCAUCAAAGUGGAACGGGUGGAAAUUAAGGACGUGAGGUUGCCAGUUCAGUUGCAGAGGGCAAUGGCGGCGGAAGCUGAGGCGGCCCGAGAAGCUCGAGCUAAGGUCAUCGCGGCCGAAGGUGAACAAAAAGCAUCGCGAGCGCUCCGCGAAGCUUCAGAAGUUAUAAGCGACUCUCCGGCUGCUCUACAACUCAGAUAUUUACAGACAUUGAACACAAUAUCAGCUGAGAAGAAUUCUACAAUCGUAUUCCCACUGCCAAUCGAUAUUAUUUCAUUUUUUACGAGACCAAGAGAACCACGAGAAUCACGAGAAUCACGAGAACAUCGUGAACAAACGAAACCAGAUCUGCCAAAUCUAAGCAGUUAAAUGUAUACUCAUCACACCCGCUAAAAAUUCAAUUAACUUAUGUAAAUCGAUGACGUUCUUUAUAUACGUAUUAUGAUUAUCAAACAUAUGUGUGUUUAUUUGCCUAUUUAAAAUACAUAUUAUAUAUUAUGUAUUAGGUAAUAAUUAUUAUUAUUAUAUCGACACGUUAUUUUCAUUAUAACUUAUAAGUUAUGCAACCAAUAAUUCGUUAUAUACGUAUUAAUGGACAGUAUACCUAAUAAGCCGGCAUUGAUUUACCUACUUUUAAACCAUAUAUUAUGGAAAAUAUUGAAAUACAAAACAAAUUUACCUAUUAUAAUGGUUAUUUUAUGAAUAAUUAAAAUGUUUGAAAUUUAAGUUAUAACAUAUUUAUACUAUAUUUAUUUUCCAUAAAAUUUAAGUUUAUACCCAAUAUCUGAUCUAAAUUUGUAUUUAAUAUUAUCAUUACUAACUACUAAGACUAUUUAAAACAAUCGAAGGGGUGGGUAAGUUAUGGCUAUAAGAGCAUAUAAGAGGUAUUCAACCUGUGCGUCGCGGCUCCCAGGGGCGUCGCGAGAGUUGUUGAAGGGAGGGAGCCGCGUUAAAGCACUAGAAACCAAAAUGAAUGUAAAUCAGUAGUCUAAUUGAUAUAAAUAUUAUUUAAAAUCGUUAAAGUGAUUAUGAAAACGAUAACGAAACACAUUACCCUACUAUAUUAUGUAGUUUUAUUUCUAGUAUUAAAGUCACUGUUAUUAUCACCUAUAUUGCAGAGUAUGACAUUGUAUCUGUAUUUUUUACAUUUUUUCAUAAUACAUCCGUAAAAAUAUUGUGAACACAUAAAGGAGCUGCGGGAUGAAAAAGUUUGAAUACCUCUGGACUAUAUAAUAUUAUAGUUAUUGCUUUAUCAAUUCAAAUGUUUAUAAACUAAAUACUAACAAUUCACCAAUCACCAUACUAUAUGGAAUAAUAUAUUAUAGUAUCAUAGUAUCUAUAUUUUAGUACAUUGUUAUAAUUACUGAUUAUACCGAAUAUUGGUGUAUGCAAAUAUGCAAUUAGAUUACUAGCGUGAGCGGAAAACUUUACUCACAGUCUAUAGUAAUUAUGAAAUACGUAUAAGAUAUUAUGAUUACACAAGGGCCACGGCUAUAAUUAAUUUUGAUUUUAUUAUAUUACAUAAUCUAACAAUAUGCACAUAUUCAAUUAAAACUCACUUAAACAUAAGAUUGUAUAAUUUACUUGUUUGUUGUAUUUAAAUAUUUUACUAAUUACAGUAUGUUUAAUAAUAACUUUUGACAUUUUCAUCGGCUAAUUAAAUGGUUUUAUUUUAUUGCGUGAUUUCUAUAUGCACGUGUCUGGCUGG